AUGCCCGAACAAACCAUAACCCUCCACACCUACUUCCGCUCCUCCUGCUCCGCGCGCCUCCGCAUCGCCCUCAACCUAAAAUCCAUCCCUUACACCUCCAUCCCCAUCAACCUACUCAAAAACGAGCAUCACAAUACCCAAAACACAUCCCUAAACCCCUCCGCCAGCGUUCCCACCCUCAUCAUCGAGAACCCCGAACACACAAACGAUGGAAAAACAAUCAUAAUCCCCCAGUCCCUCGCGGCGCUGGAAUACCUCGAAGAAACCCACCCAACAGCACACCCCCUCCUCCCACCCACUUCCGACACCACCGCGCGCGCAACAGUCCGUACCCUAGCUAACAUCAUCGCCUGCGACGUGCAGCCGGUCACGAACAUGCGGAUCCUGAAGCGGGUAGCGCCGCUCGGCGUGGACAGGGAGACAUGGUCGAAGGAGUUAGUAGAGGAUGGGUUCCGGGCGUACGAAGCUAUUGCGGAGAAAACGGCGGGGAGGUAUAGUGUUGGGGAUGAGAUUACCUUGGCGGAUGUGUGUCUUUUGCCUGCUGUUUGGGGGGCGGAGAGAGUGGGUGUGGAUUUGGGGAACUUUCCGGUUAUUAAGGGGGUGAGGGAGAGGUUAGAGGAGGUGGAGGCUGUUAGGAGGGCGCAUUGGAGGUGUCAGGAUGAUACGCCGGAGGAGUUUAGGGUUGGUGAUAAGCAGUGA